AUGGAGACGAAGUUCACCGGGGUCGAUUCUGAGGAUUCGAAUACAGUACACACCAUCAAGUCAGAUCUCACACCAGCGCUCCCACGAUUAAAUCAGGCCGUCUGCACUGAGGUUGACGCAGCCAUGAGAGAAGCCCUACCUUCCUGCGAGGACUGGACUGAAGUCGAUAUCAAUGAUAAGCUCCUUGACAUUAUAUCAAAAGUCUCUGGCCGCGUAUUCGUGGGCCCAGAUUUGUGUCAUGAUCCAGAAUACCUGGAGUUAGGCAGAAACUACACCGUCUAUCUUAUGGAAGCGCUCUUUGCUAUCAAACGGACGCGUCCGUGGUUAAAGUCUUUUGUGGGUCAUCGUCUCCCAGAAGUAAAGCGUCUACGAGACGUGGAAAAGAAAGCUAUAAAAUUCGUACAACCUAUUGUACGCGAAAGGCUAGAGGCUGAGAAGAGCGACCCGAAUUGGCAGAAGCCGGACGACAUGAUGCAGUGGUUGAUCAAUCGCUAUAACAAGGACGGUCAUGUAUCAGUCGAGCACAUUGCGAAGUGCCAACUUGGCUUGAUCCUCGCUGCCAGUCACACAACAACAAUGACUACAACUAACAUUCUUUACACUCUUGUAUCAACGCCAGAAUACGUUGAACCACUUCGAGAGGAAAUUCGUAACGCCAUGCAUGGGAAUGGAGGUAGUAUCACCACCAGGGCAUUGCAGGAAAUGGUGAAGCUUGACAGCUACAUGAAGGAAGUGCUUCGCUUGUACCCGGCUGGCCUCUCUUCAUUCAGUCGCCGCGUCAUGAAGGGCAUCACACUUUCUAACGGACAAUACCUCCCCCCCGGCGCCACCGUCCAGGUACCUACCGCCGCCAUUUACACCGACUCAGAGAACUACCCUGACCCCGACACCUUCGACGGCUUCCGACACUCCAAACUGCGUGAAGGUGGCACCGCAACUGAUCACAGCCGCAACCAAUUCGUUACCACGAACGAGACGAACCUGGGCUUUGGCUAUGGCAGACACGCAUGUCCUGGACGCUUCUUCGCCGCCAACGAGAUCAAGAUGAUUGUAGCCAGACUAAUCCUCAACUAUGACAUGAAAAUGCCGGGAGAUGCAACGGAAAGGUAUCCAAACGUCGAUAUUGGACGAUCUUGUAUCCCUUGUCCCGGCGCUGAAAAGGGUUAG